CCGGCAGUCCUCAUUGUUGACAUGGACGUGCCCUGGCCACGGGUGCGAGGAAUUCUCGCAGCCGGUGUAUGGCCCGUGGGGAUGGCAGUGGCUGAAGCGAUAUAUAACAUAGCCAUGGCGUCCGGAUAGUAGCUCUGGAACUCGUUUGCUGACCAAACGCGCAAGACUCAGGAUUCCAACAUAGGCUUUCACCCAAGACCCGACCAGCGGUACAAUAGUACCAGAGGCCUUUGCACACCCGACCGACACCCACGAGAACCUCGCUUCUCAGCAUUCACAGCAUGACCACUGGGAGUUUGAAGCAGGCGGCCGAAUCAGCUCGAUCCAAAAGCUCCGAAGUCAUGGGCGCCGCCAAACGCGAGCCGGCCUCUGUGGCUACAGACCUCCUCCACACGCCCUUUAUGCGCGCCGCCCUGCCCUUCAUCAACGGCGGCGCCGCCGGCAUGGUCGCCACGACGGUCAUCCAGCCGGUCGACAUGAUCAAGGUCCGCAUCCAGCUGGCCGGCGAGGGCACCUCGGGCGGUCCCAAGCCUACCGCCCUCUCCGUCACCAGACAGAUUGUCGGCAGCGGCAAGGUCCUGGACCUGUACACGGGCCUGUCUGCUGGUCUCCUCCGGCAAGCCGUGUACACGACGGCCAGGCUGGGUUGCUUCGACACCUUUAUGGGACGACUGACACAGCGCGCCAAGGACCAGGGCCGUCAGAUUGGCUUUGCCGACCGCGCAGGCGCUGGUCUGGCGGCCGGUGGCCUGGCCGCCAUGGUGGGCAACCCAGCCGACCUGGCGCUCAUCCGCAUGCAAAGCGACGGCCUCAAGCCCCUCGCCGAGCGAAAGAACUACAAGUCCGUCAUUGACGCGCUCUCCUCCAUCGCCAAGAACGAGGGCGUCGCCGCGCUCUGGGCCGGCGCGGCGCCCACCGUCGUCCGCGCCAUGGCCCUCAACUUUGGCCAGCUGGCCUUCUUCAGCGAGGCCAAGGCCCAGCUCAAGGUCCACACGGACCUCUCGACCCGGACCCAGACCCUCAGUGCCAGCGCCAUUGCCGGCUUCUUCGCCAGCUUCUUCAGCCUGCCUUUUGACUUUGUCAAGACGAGGCUGCAGAAGCAGCAAAAGGGACCCGACGGCAAGCUUCCCUACAAGGGCAUGGCCGACUGCUUCCGCAAGGUGGCCAAGCAGGAGGGCGUGCUGCGCUUCUACCGCGGGUUCGGAACGUACUACGUCCGCAUCGCGCCACAUGCGAUGGUGACGCUGAUCGUGGCAGACUAUCUCGGUUUCCUGACGAAAUGAUGGCGCUUUUAUUAUUAACUGGGAGGGAAUGUAUCGUGAUGACCAUGGCGUUCUGGAGUGCUUGCAUGUUAGGCUUGUCGUUAGUAUACCAGGAUUGGAUUCUCAUGACAGUGUG